AUUUACUCAACUCUAACUCUUGUCUCUCUGUCUCCUCCACUUCACUCUCUCUCUCUAUCCUUUUUUUUUUUUUUUUUGUAACAUUACAAAAAGUGAUUUGGUUCUAAUAAUCUUCUGAAUUGCUUCCGUUUCUCGCUCUAAUCCAAAACGUUUCAAUUUGAAUUUCUUUUUCUUAUUUCGCCCAGAGAAAGCAAAAAGGGGGCAAAUAAAUCAAGAAUCUCUCUCUUUAUAGAAAUACAGAAACGGAGAGAGGGAGAGGGAGUGUGUGAUAUGAACAACGGAAUGGGAAGGCAGAGAUCUCAUCAUCAAAGACAGUACUCAUCUUCUGAUAACAACAGCAACGGCAACGGAAUGUUUCUGGAAAAUGGGAGAUGGCUUCAAUCUGCUGGUCUUCAGCACCUUCAAAAUAACAACUCUUCCUCCUCCUCUUCCUCUUCUUUAAUUCCUCCUCUUCAGGACUAUAAUCUCUAUGGUGGUGGAGGAGGAGGGCAGGCAUUGAGAAUGUAUGGGAAUGCGCAAAGCAGUUUUAGUAGGGGAAAUGAGUUUUAUUCGGAGCCAACAACACCUCCUGUUAGUUCAAGAGCUUCGAGCCAGAGGAAGAACGGGGAGGACUCACCAAAUGAGUUCAGUCCUGGGCUCUUAGAUCUGCAUUCUCUUGACACCGAGUUGCUUCCCGAGUUGCAAGUUCCAGGCUUGUAUGAUGGUUCUUCUCCUUUUCAUCCUGUUCGAGGAAGAAGCUUUGAUGAUUCUUACCCUUACAUUUCAAACAAUAAACAAACUGGCAGAGCUCCUGGCUUGCCUGAUAACAACCUCCUGAAAAGCUUUGUUGCAGACAAAGAGAAGACAAGUUCUGUUGCAAAGAUCAAAGUAGUGGUGCGCAAGAGACCAUUGAAUAAAAAGGAACUGGCAAAAAAUGAAGAAGAUAUUAUAGACACACACUCCAAUUCUCUGACAGUUCACGAGACUAAACUUAAGGUUGACCUAACAGAAUACGUUGAGAAGCAUGAAUUUGUCUUUGAUGCAGUGCUCAAUGAGGAGGUCUCGAAUGAUGAAGUUUAUCAUGAGACAGUGGAGCCCAUAGUUCCAAUAAUUUUUCAACGGACCAAAGCAACUUGCUUUGCAUAUGGGCAAACAGGGAGCGGAAAAACCUAUACUAUGAAGCCUUUGCCCCUUAAAGCAUCUCGAGAUAUCUUGAGGUUGAUGCAUCAUACUUACAGGAACCAAGGGUUUCAGCUAUUUGUGAGCUUCUUUGAAAUUUACGGAGGAAAACUAUAUGAUCUUCUAAGUGAUCGGAAAAAACUUUGCAUGAGAGAGGAUGGUAAGCAGCAGGUUUGUAUUGUGGGUUUGCAAGAGUACAAAGUAUCAGAUGUAGAGAUCAUUAAGGACCGCAUUGAGAAGGGAAGUGCCACAAGAAGUACUGGCACAACUGGUGCAAAUGAAGAAUCCUCCCGUUCACAUGCCAUACUACAGCUUGCUAUCAAGAGAUCAGUUGAUGGCAAUGAGUCAAAGCCUCCACGCCCUGUUGGCAAGCUCUCCUUCAUAGAUCUUGCAGGAAGUGAGCGUGGUGCAGAUACCACAGAUAAUGAUAAACAAACAAGGAUGGAAGGUGCAGAGAUUAACAAGAGUUUACUUGCAUUAAAGGAGUGCAUAAGGGCACUUGACAAUGACAAGAGUCAUAUUCCUUUCAGAGGCAGUAAAUUAACUGAGGUUCUAAGGGAUUCUUUUGUUGGCAAUUCACGCACUGUUAUGAUAUCAUGCAUUUCACCAAGCUCAGGAUCAUGUGAGCACACUCUUAACACCUUGAGAUACGCUGACAGGUACAUGAAAAUGAUUUCAGUUGCAAAAUAUUUAUGGUAUGAUUUAAUCUGUUGCGAAUCUUUCAUACUGAAUUUGCCAAGUUUUCACUCCAGGGUGAAGAGCCUUUCAAAAGGGAACGCUUCUAAGAAGGAUGUAUUACCCUCAACUUUAAACCUAAAGGAAUCAACUACUGUUCCCUUGUCCUCAGUUUUACCUGUUGCAUCCACAUUUGAGGACGAUGCAAAUGAUGCAUGGCCAGAACAAGAUGAAAGAGAUGAUUUUGAAGCAUCAGAAGAAGAUUCUUAUGAACAGGAGAAACCAAUAUGGAAGGAGAAUGGGAAGCUAGAGCCAUACAAUCUUUCCAUUUCAGAGGAUAAAAUACAGAAACCCAAUGGUCAGACAAAAUGGAGGGAUAUGCCAAAAUCUAAUGUCAAGAACUCCCAUUCAGAUAAUGAUUUGAAUGUGUUGCUACAGGAAGAGGAGGAUCUUGUAAAUGCUCAUAGAAAACAAGUGGAAGAGACUAUGAACAUCGUGAGAGAGGAGAUGAACCUGUUGGUUGAAGCAGACCAACCAGGAAAUCAGCUCGAUGACUACGUUGCUAAACUGAAUGCCAUUCUUUCUCAGAAGGCUGCAGGUAUACUGCAGUUACAGAAUCGUCUGGCACACUUCCAGAAGCAUUUGAAGGAGCAUAAUGUUUUAGUAUCUUCUUCUGGCAACUAGAUUCAUGUGGAAGUGCAUGCAGUUAUUACCAAUGGAUGCUUCUUUUAUUAGCUAUUGCAAUAUUACUGGCCUGGUUGUGGAUUUGGUCACGCAGUGCUUGAAAUCUGGCACCUCAUGCAGCAGUUUGUUGGAUGAUUCACUGGCCAUUAUGCUCUAUGUGGUUUUAGGGGUUGGAGAUUGAGAGAUCAAAAGGAUACCGUUAAUCCUUCACAUGAUACUGUCUACAAUUUUUCGUCCUCAUUCUCUCCAACAAGUUAUAAGUAAGCUAUAGGGUUUGCAUGCCCAUCUGGCAUGCUUUUGUAAAGCUAUGGAGCAGUGUAAUUAGAUUCAUUAAUUAAAUUAAAUACUUCCUGCCUUCUAUUCAUUAAUGUAAAAUUGCUUCUCACUCUAGUUUGCUACUA